CCGGCGCGCGCUGCCAGGCCGGCGCGAGGAUAGAGGCGCUCGGCGCGUGCGCAGAAGGAACCGGUGGCUGGUUAAUGGAGGUUGUUUUAUGCUAGACGGAGGUUGACGAGGCUGUUUUCUCCCCCCCCUCCCGUCACUUGUUCCAGAGUCAAGAUGGCCUCCCAACGGUUGACACGGGAGUCUUUCGAUGCAAUCAUGCAGGCCAAGGCAAAACGAUAUCUGGACCGAAGUGAUCCAAUCGAUGAGGCGCUUCAUCAACUUAGAGUUCACUCGCGGCCAGUCACACGGACCCAGUACGACGAGGAGGAGGAAGAAUUUCAAGACGGCGGGAAGUUCAUGCGGGGUGACUGGAGGAAAGACACUAGAAAUGAAUAUGCGCUGCCUUCCUAUAGGUCCAGCAGCCACGUCACAGAGGAGGAGGAUUACUUUCCCAAAACUAGCACCAAACUCGCUUCACGGAACUACGGCCAGCUGUCUUCAUACGAACAAGACUAUGGAAAUUCGUCUGCCGUGGAAAGAGAUUAUGCUGGCCCAUCUUCCCGAGAUCGGGACUAUGACAACGCUGCCUCACGGGAACGGAAAUAUAGCCACACCCCUGUUCGAGACCCUUCCAGGCGCCGUGAGACCGACUAUGAUUCGUCAGAACUGUUGGGCGACUUCAGAUCCACCCGGCUUCUGGAAGACAAUUACAGGACUGCAUGUGCUCAGAGUUAUGAUCUGGAGCAGGGUCUCGAGACUGAGGGAGAAUUCAGCUCCACUUUGAGUGCUGGGAGGGGAAGAGGUCUCCAAGGGAAACAUGGGAUGGCAACUAGAGGCCUGGACAGAAGUAAGGAGGAGUUGGCUGCUCACCUCAAGAAAUGGGCCACUAAAGCUUUGUCCCCAGCAGAUGAUCUUCUGUUAAACCCUCUGGGUCUCGCCAAGCAAAGAACGAUACCUUCUCACCCCCAACAAAACCAAAGGCCAGCUCUGGCCUCUCCCAAGGGGCUCCUACUGCAAGAGGGAACUCUGAAGCCUACAGGUUACGUCCGGAUCAAAGAGCCAGACUUGGAACUUCUAGAUUCUUCUGAUAUUUUUGCAAAUUUUGGGGUUGAAAUAAUCAAAUGGGCUGGGUUCUAUGAAAUUAAAAGAGACCCGGAGUACGCAGAACUUUUCCGCGUGCUCUUCACGUUGGAGACGGAGACCUGUGCCAAAAUGCUGGCAUCAUUUAAGUGCUUGCUGAAAACCGAGCACCAAGAUUUCUGUAUGAACAGCGUCAAGACGCUGCAACACCCGGCUCUGAGAACCCCUAAAGUGGACAGCCAGUUUCUGAAUCUGCUGUUGGAGAAACGGGUGAUGGUGACCAAGAAUAGUUUUUUUGAGGUCAUUAAGCCUUUCGACCGGUAUAUGAUGCGGCUCCAGGACUACCUGCUCAGGAGCACUACGCCUCUGCUGAUGGCCUGUAAUGCCUACGAGCUCAGAAUCAAAACUAACAGCUUCAGUAACUCAGGGAAGAUGACCACCGCUUUUCAGACUACGAUGUCCCUUUGCCGAAAAUCCUUGGCCCUCCUGGGGCAAACCUUCGCUCUGGCCUCUGCUUUCAGGCAGGAAAAAAUCCUGGAGGCCCUCAGCGUCCAGGAUUCGGCCCCUCCUCCUACCUUGUUUCCCAAUUUUGAUACCUCCGCCUUGUUUGGGAAAGAAUACAUAGAAACCUUGCAAAGUUGGUUGGAGAAAAGUGGCUGCAAGAUGCAGUUAAAGAGACCGGCUGCCAGUCCUCCAGCUCAGGCCCCACAACGUGCUGAUAGGAAAGUCGUUGAGACGAUUGAAAAGCUAGUGAAUGCGAUGGUCUCUGGCGUGUUAACAGGGAAAGAGAAGGCUGAACUGAAACACAACCCUGAGUAUUGGUUUCUCCUUGAGGAGGAAAGCCUCGAAUACAAGUAUUACAAGCUGAAGCUGGAUGAGACGGAGAGGCUGAUGUCCGCGGCCAAGGAAGAAGAAACCAAAGACAAGAAGACCUCCGAGCAGCAGAUCUCAGAAGCUGUGAGGAUUCUUUUGUACAGGAGGAAAGUAGCAAGGAUCAAGAAGAAGCUCUUUCAGAGGAGAAGGCCAGGGAUCCUGCAAAGGGCUGCGAGGGCCAGAAGAGCCAAGAAAUCCACAACUGGGACCCAGACACUCUUAUCUGCCGGGUCGGUGCUGAAGCAGCAAACAACACACACACCGAUGUCCAGUCCCAACAGUGACAAAUCCAGCGGCGAUGAGGCUGAGGCGCUGCCCCUAAAAGAAACUUCAAGAAAAACAGACUCGCUGACGCUUUCCGAAAACUCCCCGUCUUUGAUGAGCCAGUUCCCUGACGUGGACCCUAAAGUCAUGGUAACCGCUCAGAAGCUGGCUGAAUUUGUUGCUGAGGUUGGGCCGGAAAUCGAGCAGUUCAGCAUUGAUAACAGUGCCGAUAAUCCAGACCUAUUAUUUCUGCAGGAUCCAGAGAGUUCUGCCUUCAAGUUUUAUCGCAUGAAAGUCCAUGAAUUAUGCCCCUCUAUCAGCUUCAGUGGUGGGCAGGAAUCUGGUGACCUCCGUGAAAGAUCUGAACCAAAGGAAAGCGAAUGGGAAAACCUGGAGGAAGAGGAGGAGGAGGAAGAGGACGAGGAAGAAGAAGCUCCCCAAGCUGAAAUGGAAGAUGAAGAGGGAGAUGAAGAGGAGGAAGCUACAGGGCCAACCGAGGAGCCAGAAGAAGCCAUGUUGGAAGAGGGGCUUAUGAAACUAGACCAUUCAAAGACAGCUGAAGAAGAAGGAGAGACCAGCAGCACAGCCGCAGGUGCCCUUUCAGAGCCACCGGCACAGGCAACCACGCAUGGCGCCCCCUUUGGGCGCAAGAGAAUCAGUAGCAAAUCCCUGAAAGUGGGCUUGAUCCCAGCAUCAAAGAGAGUGUGUCUCAUAGAUGAACCAACAGUACAUGAUCCGGUGCGUAUCUCUUAUGACCGACCUCGUGGCUAUCCUGCGUAUAAAAAUAAGAAGAAAACAAAGGAUUUGGAAUUCUAUAAUAAGAGACUAAAUGAGAAGAACAUUGGCUUCCAAAUACUUCAAAAAAUGGGUUGGCAAGAAGGGCGUGGCCUCGGGUUACAUGGCAAAGGCAUCCAGGAACCUGUCGACGUGGGCUCUACCUCGGCAGGGGAGGGCUUGGGUGUUGCAGGGAAGAACAAAGAGGAUACCUUUGCUACGUUCCGUCAGAGAAUGAUCCAGAUGUACUAUAUGAAAAGAGCCAAUAAAUAGGUAGGUGUGUCAAACGGAGCCAGUUGUUUUCAUUUUAAAUUGUUGCAAGAGUAAAAAAAAAAAAUCCACAGAGAUUCUCUACUUUUCACAUUGUUGGUUCGUAUUGAAAAUCCAGAGUGACAUUACUGAUAUUAUAUUCUGAUGGCUAGGAUGCCUUUAUUGCUGUUUGGUCUUGCAAGGAAUUGAUUUCAGUUUUGGAUCUUUCCCGGUUCCCUCCCAGCAUGCAAAACGCUGUCAAAUUAAACAUCUCCAGUAUCCUCAGAGAAGAUACCUGGUCUUCAGAAGCAGAAGCAGUCCUCCUUUUCAUCAAAAAUCACCUAUGGCUUAGCAACAAUUUAUAACGAUCUCCCCAAUCAAAUCCCCUUCAAACGUUUGAAGCUGUAAUUCCUAGCAACCUCAAUCGGCAUAGAUAAUAAUGUCCACGCUGGCUAAUUUAUGCUCAGGAUUGUGGGCCAGUACUUCCUGUUGGGACCUAAUAGAAGAAGCCCACUAUAUUUAUUUUGAACAAGGUAGACUGAAUUAAACCUUGUCCAAAUAGAUGAAAUUCCUCCAUUUUUCCCCCUCAAGGUUAGCAUGACAAUUUAAUAUUUUUUUAAUAUGAACUCCUGGUAUGCAUCGCCUCUGGGAGUAAAAUUAAAUUUGGCAAAUUCUGCUGUUUUCAUCAAUUUUGGGGUCUGGGAAGUUGUUUAUGAAAAAUUCAGCAGCAGACCAAACCAUUAUCUUAACAUAAAUUCCAUUUUGGGAAUCUUUACCAACAAUCAAUGUCUCAGGCCUCCUCCCCAAAUGUGUGCAGUAUUUAAGCCAGCCUGAAUGUCUCUUGUUUACAUUCUUGGAUUGUCUUUUUUUAACUUCCAUGAUGGUACCUGGAUAUUCUCAGGAAGCGUUCCAUGUAUGUUAGGAGAUAAAGCUGUUUGGAAUUUGCAUGUCUAUUUUAUAUCCUGUUAAAUAAAUGUGAUUACAGUUUGUGGAAGGUGGCGAUUGGACCUCUUCAAGAUAACAUCUCUUUUUUCCAUGAAUCUACCAGCCAUAAAUAUGACAAAGACUUGACAUUAAUCAAAUAACUUCUUGUACCAUAAAGACUCUUAUGUGUAAAAUCCAGCUUAAAAACUGAUUAUCCACAGCAUCCUGAUUAGAAUUUAGAAUUCUUGCAGAUUAAUCAUACCUCUUAAUUCAUAUCACCUGGAGUUCCAGGUAGCAUGUUUGCCAUCAAAUUUGUCCAGUCUUUCAGUUUUUCUAUGAUUGUCUCCAGAAGAUGUCUUCAUCUUGUUGGUAUUACCUUUUUGUUUGUUUGUUUGUUUUACAAUUCUCACAGCCAUGGAAAUUUCUUUUCCCCACCACAUUCCAUUUUGGGGUGGGGUUUGAAAUACGCAUGCUUCCCCACACCUGUUUUCAUUUUUUUAAAAAACUUGUGAUAGCCUAUAUUGCAGUACCUUGUUUGGUAUUCUCCUAGCUGCUUUCUUGAGACCAGCUUUAGAGCUCCAGGAAAUGCCAAAUAAAAUCAUGGCACAGAAUAAAAGCUUUGAAGAUCAUGCUAGCCAGCAACUAAUGAAUGACCUAUUCCAUCACUUUCUAAGAUGUUCAGAAGCCAUUGAUACAAACCAGCUGCUUCGCUGCUCGAAUCAAAAGAUUUGCAAGUACAUUUGAAUUCUUGAAGAAUUCUAAAUAAUUCCCAUUCUUCAGGCUUUUGGGAUCCAAUCCUAUCAAAUGGACACUGCCUUGAAGCCUAGACAUCAUCCUGAUAUCUCUUUUCUGUUCUAGCUCCUUAUUUUUAGGGCUGUUGGUUUCUCUUUCCUGUACAUAGCAGAUCAUUGCCUAUGUUUGCCUGCUAUCAAAACAACUAGUUUGAUCUGUAAGCUUGAAAUACUCUAGAUGUGCAACUUCCAUUGGGUUAAACCAUCAUAUUUUUUUUUAAAUUGCGUUUUGUUUAAUGGUCAACUUCCCUAUUCUUUCAAGUUGCUUAGAAGCAUUUUCUCUCUCAACUUCAGAAUUUGCCACCAUUGAGAUGAAUUUACACUCUGGGGGAGGGCACUUUCUCAAUCCAGUUUUUCUGUGCCCUUUGUGGGCCAAAACUGAGCUGUCAUUUCUUGGGGGGGCAUCAACUGAAGGCUUUAUAAAAUCUUCAGACGGGGAAAUGAUGGUUUCUUUGAACUCGGUUAUUAUGGGGGUGACCCUGCUGAUUUCAGCUUGCUUCAGAGCUGCCCAAGUAUAUAAUGAACGCUUGAACAUUUUAAAAUAUGAACUCUCUUGCCUGGGGUGGCGACAAAGAGGAAAAUGUUUACCUCCAACCCUCCCAGAUUAUUGCCAUUCUAAUCAGUCUUCCUUGUAUGAAGAUUUGAUAUGGGACAAAAACAAUACAGCAGCAGCACUCGUGCUUUUAAAGUGUUGCUUUUCAAUCGAUCCUAUGUUGGACAUUUGGGUUUCUUACAAAGCUUUGUGGUUUUUGUUUGUUGGUCUGUUUUCAAACCUGCUUUUUAGCAGGCAACGUCUACCAGCAAAACACUUGAAUGCAUUUGCAAAAAAAAUAAAAACGGUUUUAAAAAAUCCAGUUUCGAUCUGUGUCAGUUCACUACCUUUUCUAUUAUUCUAGUUUUCCAGGCUCUCUGAUACGAAGAUCAGAAGCAUCCAAGAACCUUUUUCACUCCCGUCACUCGGGUGUGUCUCUCUUCUGUGUCAAUUUUGGUUUGGAAUGUUGCAUUUUUGAAGUCCUCAGUCAGAUAUAUUUUUUUCCUUUCUUCUUUGUGAAACUUAUCAGUAUUGACCGGUAAUGAAUAGCAAAUUGUUAGCCAACGAUUGAUCUUAACAUUUCUUUUUAAAUAUCUUAAUGGCAUGUAAUCCUUUUAUCAAGGUCUACAAUAAAAAAAUAAUCAGUA